CGUGGAGCUCAACCCCCGCACUUUUGGGAGACUCCGUCGAAUGAGAAAUGGAGGCCAAGAUGCAUGACUGAUGGCGGACAUAGUCUCGGAAGCCGACAGAUGACAAAUUGGUGUGUAUCGGUCCGCGUUCUUUUGGUAUAUACGCUACCUCGCCCGCCAAUCCCCCAUCCCCAGAGAACGGCAACGAACACCUGUUUAUCCAUUUCUUGGACCUUCAUCCAUUCUUUAAACAGUCCCACAGACAAGAUGAGCCAAGUGACGCCCUUCAGAGUCGACAUUCCGGAGUCGGAGCUGGAGCUCCUCCGGAAGAAGCUCGAGCUUGCCCGGCUGCCCGACUACCCGGCCGACACGGCCUGGGGCGAGGAGGCCGAGGGCGGCGUGACGGCCGGCCUGAUGCGCGACACGGUGCAGCACUGGAAGACGUCGUACGACUGGCGCGCCCACGAGGCGCGCCUCAACGAGAUGCCCCAAUACACGACUCAAGUCGAGAUCGCAGGUUUCGACCCGCUGACGGUGCAUUUUGUGCACGCCCGCGCCGCCCCCUCGGCCCGUGCCGGCGGCGCCAUCCCGCUGCUGUUCCUGCACGGGUGGCCGGGGUCCUUCAUGGAAGUGCAGCCGAUGCUGCCCAUCCUGCUCGAGGCCGGCUUCGACGUCGUGGCCCCCUCUUUACCUGGCUAUGGCUUCAGCUCGUACCCGCGGCAGGCAGGGUUUAAUGUCGCUCAUCACGCGACAGCCUUCGACGCGGUAAUGGGGAGACUCGGAUACGGCCAGUAUGUCGUUCAGGGUGGCGACUGGGGCUCGCUGGUCGCGCGGGCUCUGACCCUGUCGUACCCUUCUCGAGUGAAGGCGCUUCAUUUGAACAUGUUCGCCUCUCGCAAGGCGUUCGGCCCCACCUCGCCAGAGGAGAAGGAACUCACGGAGACUGAGAGGGCGGCAUUGGCUCGCACUUCUUGGUUCUUCCCGAACCAAGCCGCGUAUCAGAAUGUGCACAAGACCAAGCCCCGCACCUUGGGGUACGCUUUGCAUGAUACCCCCGUCGGCAUGCUCUCAUGGAUGAUGGACAAGCUCCUGUUCUGGUCGGAUAAACGCGGCAAAACGUGGACGGCGGACGAGUUCAUCACAUGGACACUACUACAUUAUCUCCCAGGCCCAACGACUGGGAUGCUGAUGUACCGCGAGAACAUGGAUCCGAGUGUGCAGGCAGCCGCGUCGGCCUACAUCGAGCGGCCCACGGGAGUCUCGCAUUUCCCCGAAGAAAUCAUCAUGGCUCCUCGGCGGUGGGCCGAGGAAGAAUGCAACAUUGUGUUUUGGCGGACUCACGACGUGGGUGGCCACUUUGCGGCGUACGAGCAGCCAGCUUCCCUGGGGAAGGAUAUUAUCGAUUUUUUUAGCGCUGAGUGGGCGAAAUGAAUGAGGGGGAGCAUUGGGGGCUGCUUGGUGUAAGCGCCCGGCUUUGUUGUUGCUGUCCAAUAAUAGCCACUAUGACGUUUGUCUUGGUUCGUUUGUGGAUCAGUUAUGAGGAUGAAAAUAAACACUGGAACAAAAACAGAAACAAGAGCAGGACUAAGAGCAGGACUAAGAGCAGGAAGAGGAACAGGAAUGUUUACCAUUCUCAUGCCCGUAAUUCCGGACCUCCGCACAGCCGACACACCCCCGAGCCGGCGCGGGCCUAGCUGCAGCUGGUGGCGUCGGCUCGACGGCUCGCGGUCGGGCUGAGCAGGUCUCUCCCGGUGCGGUGCCUGUGCCACCCGGGCCUCGAACAUGUGGGCUCGACUCUUGAUCUUGAAGGCUGCUUUGCCGCCCAGGGCCGCCUGUCACACGGUCGUUGGCGCUUGUGAAACCUUGGCGAUCCGCAAUCAGCCCAGCCUGCUGGGCCGCGGCAAAUCUCGACCACCACAUCUGAUUCAAAUAAAGAGUAAUGUCACUUGACGUUAAUUUCGCUUUGCCG